AUGGCUGCAACAUGCCUUGAGUGUCUGCUGGUCGACAAGGCGAGUCCCAUGCUUCCGUAUGCCGCAAGGUACUGGAGCUUGCAUGCCGGCGACUGCUCUCCAGGCACCGACUCGGAGGAUGAUAUUUUGGCCCGAGCCUUCUUGCAGGAUAGGGGGAAGCUCAGCAGAGCGUUCAAGGCCAUACCCGAGGCCCGGGACUACGACACGGAUACCAUGACCGGCUUACACGCCACUGUUUUUCUGAAUAUCUCGCAAUGGGCCAGUGCCCUGAUUAAAACGCCAAGUGUCGACAUCAACGCGAAAUGCUCCGACGGCCAGACGGCUCUGCACUGGGCCGUCAGGCUCGGCCGGCGACGUCUAGUGUCCCAUCUUCAGGAGCAUUCGGCAAACCCCAAUAUACGCGAGAAAACAGGCGACACGCCACUCCAUCUGGCUUUGAUAAGGCCGCCGACGGACAGCACUAGAAUCGUGAAGGCCCGGGUCAACCGCGGUGUCAGGAUUGACAUGCUCGGCGCCAGAGGGGUGAUGGCUCUAUCAGAGCUGUUCUCCUACGGCCCCCACAUAAACCAUUCAUCGGAUGCCUCGGCCGACCAAUUGGCAACGCUGAACGAGGCCGUCGGCGACAACGUCAAGUACCUCGUCGAUGUCGUGCUCGAUCGCGGUGUAGACCUUAAUCGUCCUACGAGCGAUGGCUGGCUGCCGCUGAUCCACGCAGCCAACACAGGGAGUGUCCGGAUGCUAAGAUGUCUGCUGGAACGGGAGCCGUGCCCGGCUGACGUCGGGCUUCGGGAUCUAAACGAUGUAAAGUCGCCGCUUCGAGGGGCCGUGUUCUAUAAGAAAUCGGCGGCGGUACGGCUGCUGAUCGAGCAUGGAGCAGACGUCAACGAGAGCAACGAUGACGGAUGGACGCCGCUCAUCCAGGCCGUCAAGUACCAAGACGAGGAGCUAGUUUGGUUACUCCUAAUAGACGGCGCCAGGCCAGAUACGGUCGACAACAACGGCUGGCCAGCGCUGCUCCAUGCCGUCAAGAGCCGACAGAGGGCCAUCGUCUGGCUCUUGCUAGUCACGGGAAAGGCGGAUGCCCAUCUGCAUAGCAGCAAGGUGCUGAAGCUGUCUAUGGGGAACAAGGACCUCGCCACGGCCUGGCUGUUAUGCCAGCACGGGGUCGAUGUCGACGUCGCCGACGAAGAGGGCAGAAUGCCGCUACACCGAGCCUCCCAGCGCGGCUCCGCGAGAGACGUCGAGUUUCUCCUGACGCAGGGCGCACAGGGCGCCCGGCCAGAUAGCACAGGGUUCAUGCCGCUACACCACGCCGUGCUGCGUUGGGAGCCGGAAACGGACAAGCUGCUGGCGCGGCGGGCAUCGCGGCUUGGGCACCUCGACCGGCAAGAUGCCCAUGGCCACACGGCCCUUUCGCUGGCAACCCUGCAGCAGAGCGAGCCUAUGAUGCAGACGCUUUUGCGGCAUAAGGCUUCGUGCGAUAGGCUGAACCGCCGAGGCAUGACGGCGCUGCACUACGCCGCCAGGCACGGCUUCAACCAGGGGCUCCGGCUACUGCUACGCAACGCGGCGGACAGCGACCGGGUCGAUGAGAAGGGCUAUUCGGCGAUGCACCACGCCGUCAGCAGUGACAAGGCCAACAUGCAGACGGUUCACCUCCUGGCCACGAGCGGCGCCAACCUUGAAGGCCAGAACAAAGAGGACCUGACUCCGCCUAUGCUCGCCGCCUACCUGUGGAAGGCGUCGUUUGUGCGCCAGCUGCUGGCUCACCACGCCGACGACAAUAUGCGGAAUUCCAGAGGGCAGACAGCUUAUGAGCUGGCCGAGGAUUCGGUCGUCCGGGACGAGUUUUAUACAAGACGACAUAAGUAUUAG